AUGGAGCGUCCCGGUCCCACGUCUCCGUACCGCCCUCGGCAAUCUCGAGGUGUCAACGCUAACGCACCGCCUCCUCUCGAGGUGACGAAUGAGACGACUCAUAAGUCUCCGUACCGCACUCGGCAGUCUCGAGGUGUCAAUGCCAACGCGUCCCCGUCUGUUCCGGAUCUUUCGGCUGAGGGGACUCAAAAGUCCCCGUACCGCCCUCGGAAAUCUCGAGAACCCAAUGCCAACCCCCCGUCUCCUCUCGAGAUGACGAAUGAUUCGACGCAAAAGUCUCCAUACCACUCUCGGAAACCUCGAGAACUUAAUGCUAGCGCCUCCCCGUCUGCUCCUGACGGGGCAACUGAGGCGACUCAGAAAUCUCCGUACCGCCCACGGCCGUCUCGAAGUGGCAAGGCGAACGCACCGACUCCUCUCGAGGUGCCGAAUGAUUCGACGGAAAAAUCUCCGUACCGGCCGCGGCCAUCUCGAAGCGGCAACGCGAAGGCCUCCCCGAGUCCUCUCGAUGUGGCGAAUGACUCGACGGCGCAAAAAUCUCCGUACCGCCCUCGGCCAUCUCGAAGCGGCAAUGCGAAGGACGCGUCGUCUUCUCCCGUCGAACGGCCGUCAACGGGCGAGCCAACCCCCUCUCCCGGCGACUCCGGCGAGGCUCCGCUACAGCUAGGGUUCCUCGCCACCCUCUCCAAGUCGAAGAAAUGGACCGACGACGACCUGCCGGCGACGGACGCGCGACCCAAAUCCGCCGCCGUGAACACCUCCUCGUCGCACGUGUCGCACGCGUCGCAAGGGCCGCGACCAAGGCUGACGCGAUCGAUCGCGUCGACCUCGCGCGCGCCGCCCGCAGAAGCAGCGAGCCCAGGUACAGGUUCGCACAAAGGAGGACCAACCCCCGGGUACGUGCACGGGCACACGCACGUGCGCAAACCGCGGCGCCUCGCAACCGCCGCGUCAGUGUCCGGAGCGGGAAACAGGGCGGAAGGGGGAGGCGAGAUGGGGGAAGACGGGGGCGGCGGAACGCUCGCGGACAUAGGCAGGCGGGGGAAGGCCUCCGCGUCCGUUUCAUCCGCGGGUGAGAAGGGGGGGAGGAGGCGGGGAGACGAGGGCGGAGGCGCAGGGAGAAGCGGAAAACUAGGCGGAAAAGGAAGCAGAACUCUAACCCCCGUGAGCAGCGGCGCAAGCACCCCCUCUAGCAGCUUCAACGACAAUGGCAGCGAGGCAGGCAGCGUGCGCAGCAGAAGCACUUAUAGGUCAUAUGAAAAUGAUGAUGAUGAUGACCUUAGUAGCCACGCGGAUUCGGAAUUAGAGGUGAAUUUCGAGGAGGUUUUAGGGCCCGCGUCGGGAUUUGACUGGAUCACGAGUAUCAGCGCUGCUUCCACGCCUUCGUCUACUUCGUCCGCGAAUAGGGUUACCAGGUUCGCGCCGAACACGCCUCCGCAUGCGCUAGCGUCGGGGGUGCACCCGUCGUUUGCUAGUAACGAGCACGGGAUUCUCGCGGCUGCUGCAAUAGCAUCGGUGGGCGGGGCAGGGGGAGCAGGGGGAGCAGCAGCGGGGAGGGAGGCGGAAGGGAAGGGGUCCGGAAAAGAGGCGUUUAAGACUGAAUGGGAGGUGUUUAUGAGGCAGUCGGAAGGGAUAGUGGGGUUGCAUCUACUGGAAGGGCUGGCACCCAGAGGCUCUAAACGAAAGCAGAAUAAAAAGAAGGUGCUUGUAAGGAAGGUGAAGGAGGAGACGAAGAAGAUGGACUUUUGGGGGGAGGAGAGUGGGAGUGAGGAUGGGAGGGGCAUGGGGGGCGCGAGGAGGAAGGGGAAAGGGGGAAAGGCGGGCGGGGGAGGGGAGGGGGAGGAGCAGGUUGAGCGGAAGUUUGGAAGCUUGGGGGAGAGGAAGAGGCGGGAAAAGGCGGGGAGAAAGGCGGGGGUGGAAGAAGGGGAGGGGGCGGAAGGGGGAGAAGGGGGUGGGGGAAGGGUAGUGAGGGGAGGAAGGCGGGGAAGAAGGGGGGAAGAGGGGGAACAUGGGGGAGGAGGGGAAGAGGGGGAGGAGGGAGACGAGGGGGAGGAGGGGCCUGAGAAAGAGCGUAAGAGCUUUAAAGAAUUGGGGGAGCGGGCUAGGGGAGAGCGAGGGGGGAGGGAGGAAGGGCGGGUAAAGGGCAGGAGAGGGUACGGGGGGAGUAGGGCGGUGGCAGCAGCGGCAAUUCGUAAAGCUAGGUCCGGUGCUUCGUAUGGCGGGGAAGGGGAUGGGAAUGAGUUGAGUGGUGGUGAUGGGAGGGACAAUGGGGCAGGUGAAAAUAGCUCGUUUGCUGCUCUGGGCAGAGCAAAAAAUGCCCCAAGCCGUAGAGGCUGGGAAGACGAGGAUGACGGCUCGUUUAUUGCACUGGGAAAAGCGAGACUUGCUCGAGAGGGUUCGUCCAAUGACCCGGGCAGCUUGGAAAAUGAUUCUCUGACCCCGACGAAACCCCCUGGUUUACCAGAGGUUAAAAAAAGUUUGGAGGGGGAGGAGGAUUUGAGUAAGGUUGCAGGCGUGGCAAAGAAAUGGGUGAAGAAAGCAAAGGACGAUAAGGCGAAAAAGGGGAAGGAUGGGGAGGGGGGAGAGAGUGAGGAUGAUGAGGAGGGGGCGAUUGUGAGUUAUGGGACACAGGUGAAAGACGCCAGAAGGGGUAUAGGGGUAUCCAAGGCUGAGGGAGUCGGUUGGGAGGGGUUGAAAGCGGCUGCAGGGACGAUAGGAGGAGGGUUUGGGGAGGAGAGUGGGGAGAAAGAAGCAGGGGGAGCGGGGGGCUCCAAAGGCCCCCCUCCGCCUCCCCCUCCCCCUGGGCGGAAGGGCCCCCCUCCCCCCCCGCCUCCCCCAGGCGCUAAGGGGCCGGGGCCUCCCCCUCCCCCGCCCCCCCCAGGGGGCAAGGGCGAAGCUCCCCCUCCGCUCCCGCCUGGGUUCAAGGGGAAGGGUCCGCCUCCUGGGGGACCGUUUGGGGGGGGGAGGCGCGCGCUGGUGGACUGGGGGGGCGUGACAAACGCGGAUGGCACCAUCUGGGCCUCAGAGCUUGACUUUGACAUCGAUAUUGGCGAGUUGAAGAAGCGUCGUCCUCCCCUUCCCCUUCUCCCCUUUCCAUCCUUCCCAACCAGAGAGCUUGACUUUGAUAUCGAUAUUGGCGAGUUGAAGAAGCAGUUUGAGCCCAAGGCAGCUGCUCCUUUCAAGAAGGCAGAGCAGCCUGUGAAGAAACAAGUCAUUCGAAUUGUAACUUGGUUUGAGCCCAAGGCGGCGGCUCCUUUCAAGAAGGCAGAGCAGCCUGUGAAGAAGCAAGUCAUCCGCAUUUGCGCCAGUAGGGCAGGGUUCUCUGCAGCAGCGGAGCAGCCUGUGAAGAAUCAAGAUGCCUCAUCCAUCCUCCCCUCCCCUUUCCCCCCCAACCCCCACCUUACUCCCCCUCUCUUCCCCCCUCUGUACACUCAGAUCGACAUGGCCAAGUCGAGGAACGUGGAGAUCUCCCUUCGAAGCAUGAAGCUCCAUCCGCACGACCUCGUGGUUGCAGUGUUGAGUGUCGACACGUCGACAAUAGGCGAGUGGUGUGACAGCCUGGUGGAAACAUUGUUGAAGUAUGGACCGGAUGACAAGGAGAAGCGGCUGCUGCGGGAGUUUAAGGGGAAUGUGGAGGAUUUGGGUCCGUGCGAACAGCUGUUCCGCGCAUUGCUGGGGGUGCAGCGGCUGGAGCCAAAGCUCAAGGUGCUGCAGUACCGGAUAUUCCUGGCAGAGCGGGCACCAGAGCUUGCAGACACGAUCAAGUUCGUUACUCUUGUCUCACAAAAGAUACAAGAGUCUCAGAAGCUGCAGCAUGUGCUGCUGGUGGUGCGAGAUAUUGGCAACAAACUUAAUGAGGGCACCAAGAAGGGCAAGGUGGUGGGGUUUGCAGCCAACGAUCUGAACAAGGUGGCCAACACCAAGGGCUUCAUGGCGUACCUCAUUAAGGUCCUGAGCCAGUGCCGUCCCGAGUGGCUUUACUUCUGGAAGGAUUUCACAGACGGGUCUCGGAACCUGUUGAAUGAGGCGAUCAAGGUGGACCAGAAGGGACUGGCGGAGGUGGUAAAGGAGCUGGACGUAGGGAAGGUGCUUGUGGAGCGAGAGUUGAAGGAGUGUGAGAAGAUGGCCGAGGAGGAGAGGAAGAAGGAGGAGGAGAAGGAGAAAGCGAAGGAGAAGAAAGCGCAAGAGGGGGAGAAGGGGGAGGGAGAGAAGGAGGAGAGUAAGGAGGUUGACGGGAAGGAAGGGGAGGGGGAGAAGGGCGAUGGAGGGAAGAGCGGAGAGGGUGAGAAAGGGGAGGAGAAAACGGAGGAGAAAAAGGAGGAGAAAAAGGAGGAGGAGAAAAAGGAGGAGAAGGAGAAGGAGAAGGAGAAGGAGAAGAAGGAGGAGGAGAAGCGGGAGGAGGAGGCACUGCCGUUGAAGCAUGCGGACACUUAUCGGGCCAUGCAGCUGUUUUACGAUGAAGAUGUGGUUAGAUGGCACGGCAACGUGCACAGCCUCAUGGGUGACAUGAACGCCAGUGCUGAAAAUCUCGCUCGCAAGUUUGGCUCGGACCCUAAGACAACCUCUUUUACACUCAUCUUUGGAGUGUUGAGGGAUUUUGUCGAUCUCUUAAAGAAGAAUCUGGUUGAAUAUGAGAAGAAGAAAAAGGCAGAGGAGGAGGCGGCUAAGGAGAAGGCCCAGCCCAAGGCGAAAGCGAGUGGGAAGCACAAUCAUUCCCCUUCCCUCUUCUGCCUCCCCCACUACCCUUCGUCUCAUCUCCUGCCAGUCUUCAGUGUGUUGAGGGACUUUGUCGAUCUCUUCAAGAAGAAUCUGGUGGAGUAUGAGAAGAAGAAAAAGGCAGACGAGGAGGCAACUAAGGACUUUGCUGAUCAAUUCCCUGUUUCCAUCUCCUUUUCCUGGGCACUGGUUGAUGAGCAGGACGAGUUGGGGGGGGGGCUGCACGGGCGAUGCUGGCAGGGGCGAUCACGAGGAGGCGAGCACCGGUGGAUGAGGAUGAAGACAGUGAGGAUGAUGACUGGAGUGAUUAGAGGGGGAGGAGUGUGGGCAGCUGGGAUGACGACUGGAGUGGCUAUGGAAAUGGGAGCGGGAGGGAGUGCAGGUGCUGGCAGGGGCGAUCACGAGGAGUCGAGCUGCGUGAUUGAUCCGAUCCGUCGUCGUUUCCCCCAUCCUUUCCCUCCAGGCCAGCACAGGCACGCACAUCCACCAGUGGUGGCUGGCCGUGCCUCUGAUAUCAACCUAAGUAUUCGCCGUCUGAGUGGCUGUGUGUGUGUGUGGUUGUGGCGGUUCCUCUCCCCUCCCCCCAUCGUCUCCCCCAUCCCCUCCCUAUCUCCCUCCCUCCCCCUCCCAGGCCAGCAUAGCAUAGGUACGCGCAUCCAUCAGUGGUGGCUGGCCGUGCCUCUCAUAACAGCCUCAGUCUUCGCCGUCUGUGUGGCUGUGUUUGCGGUCGACCUACUGACUGGCUAUGACAGCUUCAGGGAGGUCUGCUUCUCGCCCUCCCUCGCCCUGCUGCACUGGCAAGUAUACCGCGCACUCACCUCCAUCUUCUUCCACAAGGGACUCCUCCACAUUGCACUCAACCUCUCCACACUCCUCCCUCUGGCGGCCCCUCUGGAGCGCCACCUGGGCUCACUGCGGCUGCUGCACGCACUGCUGCUGCUCGCCUGCCUGAACUCCCUUAUCCACAGUGCCUUGGCGUUCAUGCCUGGAUUGCUGUUAGGGUGGUGGGGUUGGUGGGCUGGCGAGUGCUGCAUCGGCUUCUCCGGAGUGCUCUUUGCACUGAUCCGCCACCUGGGCUCACUGCGCCUGCUGCACGCGCUGCUGCUGCUCGCCCGCCUGAACGCCGUUAUUUACUCUGCCUUGGCAUCUAUGCCCUGCCCCUCUGGAGCGCCACCUGGGCUCACUGCGCCUGCUGCACGCGCUGCUGCUGCUCGCCUGCCUGAACUCCACCAUCCACAGUGCCUUGGCGUUCAUGCCUGGACUGCUGUUAGGGUGGUGGGGUUGGUGGGGGGAACCUGGUAUAGAGGCACCACCUGGGUGCACGCGCUGCUGCUGCUCGCCCUCCUCAACUCCCUUAUCCACAGUGCCUUGGCGUUCAUGCCUGGAUUGCUGUUAGGCUGGUGGGGUUGGUGGGCUGGCGAGUGCUGCAUUGGGUUCUCUGGAGUGCUCUUUGCAUUGAUCGUCCUGGACUUGCAUAUUGGAGGGGGAAGUCAAAGGAGGUCAGUGCAGGUCUCCUCUCCCUAUACUAGAGGCGCCACCUGGGGCCUGGGCUCCCUCCGGCAGCUGCACGCACUGCUGCUGCUCGCCUGCCUCAACGCCGCCAUCCACAGUGUCUUGGCGUUCAUGCCUGGAUUGCUGUUAGGGUGGUGGGGCUGGUGGGGCUGGCGAGUGCUGCAUUGGGUUCUCAGGAGUGCUCUUGGCGUUUAUCGCGCUGCUGCUGCUCGCCCUCCUCAACGACGCCAUCCACAGUAG